AUGGCUUUGGCGCCGACCCUCCUGGAACAAGCACGAGAUCGAGGCCUACGCUUUCAGGGCGCAUUGGGGCAGGCCGACCCGGCUUGUGUUGCCAAGCUGGUUCGAAGUCCGAAUGGGACUGAUGUGGUCACCAAGUUUCUUAGCUCUAACCCCGCUGCAGCUUCGAUGUUGGUGUCGGCCCUGCUUCCGGAAGUGCCGAGCUUGGCCAGUCAUCCGUACGGCGCAGGCGUCAUCAGUGAACUCUUCUGCCAUUGUCAGGACUUAAAGCUCGGUCCUGCCGUGAACGCACUCUCGAGCUGUUUGAAGGGCUCACUGCUACGUCUAACGAAAGACCGCUUUGGCUGUCGAGUCGUCCAGGCUGCCUUGCGAGAAGCAUUGCCCGAGUUUCAGCAGUCUUUCACCUCGGAACUCAAGGGUCAGGUCCUGUGCCUCAGCCUGCACCUGCACGCCAACUUCGUCCUCCAAAAAUGCAUUGAGCUCCUGGAACCCCGCGUGGGGGUCUUCUUGGUCGAGGAGCUCAAAGACCAUGCGGUCACUGUGGCAGUUCAUGUUUAUGGGUGCCGCGUGUUGCAGCGCUUGAUUGAGCACUGCUCACGUGAGCCACAACUCAUCGAACUCGUUGACUCCCUGCUCGGCAACACGGACAAUGUAGAGAAGCUGCUGAAAGACCUCUUCGGCAGCAAUGUCUUGCGGGCCUUGCUGGUACAUGGCACCACGUCCCAUGUCAAAGCCAUCCUGGACGUUCUUGGCACGAAUGUCCUCAAAUUUGCAAAGCACAAGCAUGCCUCACUGGUGUUCGAGCGAUGUUUGGAGGUGUCGAGCAGCUGUGAAGAGCUUCGCCUGCCGCGCAAGCAGCUUAUGGCUCAGCUGAUUCAGAGCAACCUCUCGGGCAAAGCCCCACUCAGCCAGGUUCUCUUGGAUCGGUUCGGCAACUACCUGGCACAACGUGUCAUACAGUGCUGCUGCGGCAACGAAGAAGAAAUGAUCCUCAAGCUUCUGGCCUCAUCCUGGCCAAAACUACAACGGUCGCCAGUGGGAAGACACAUCAUGGUGGCGGCCACGCGAAGGUUUGGACGAAACCUCCAGGAGAUCAUGAAAAAAGGCACAUAG